GGCUUGAGAGUUGAAAGAAACCCAAGCAAGUGUGGUGGGCCACGUAGCGCAGUCCAUUUAUGUGAAGGAAGAUGAUAAAGGUUGAACGAAGGGCUGCGAUGUAAGAAGAUGAACACCCACUCUCAGCUUCCAACUGCCAAAGUCCAACUAAAACAAACCAUUUAGAUUUAGGCGGAGCUUUCAAUUUGGCACUCCCUCGUUUCCAUCGACAUCCACAUCAAAAACUCACUCCCAUCACAACACAACACGCAAAUCACACUCUCUUCUCUCGCCAACACCGCUCCCAUCGGAAAUGGAAGCCACACUUUCAGCCUGCAACUCCCUCACCUCGUCGUCCGUUCCCCUCGUGGGUUUAUUUGCGGGGAAAGGAGGGAUUAAGAGCUCUCAAUGCAGUUUCCUAGCGGGAACGAACCGAGUGAGGUUCCCCAGGCAAGUAGGUCAGGUUAGUCGAUUUCACAAACAACGCCAAACGCGUCACUGCGGCGCGCUCCACGCCACUUGUAACGGUAACAAGAUCCUCAUCGCGAAUAGAGGCGAGAUUGCGGUUCGCGUCAUUCGAACCGCUCAUGAGUUGGGGAUUCCCUGUGUGGCUGUGUACUCCACCAUUGAUAAGGACGCGCUUCAUGUCAAAUUAGCUGAUGAAGCCGUUUGCAUCGGCGAAGCGCCGAGUAGCCAGUCAUACUUGCUGAUCCCGAAUGUUCUUUCGGCUGCAAUUAGCCGCAGAUGCACGAUGUUGCAUCCUGGCUAUGGUUUUCUGGCGGAGAAUGCAGUGUUUGUUGAAAUGUGCACGGAACAUGGAAUCAACUUUAUUGGGCCUAACCCUGACAGUAUUCGGGUUAUGGGUGACAAAUCAACUGCAAGGGAGACAAUGAAGAAAGCAGGUGUUCCCACUGUUCCGGGAAGUGAAGGCCUUUUGCAGACCACUGAAGAAGCUAUCAGGCUGGCAAAUGAGAUUGGUUUCCCUGUGAUGAUCAAGGCAACAGCUGGUGGUGGGGGACGUGGCAUGCGUCUUGCUAAAGAACCUGAUGAGUUUGUGAAGUUGUUACAGCAAGCUAAGAGUGAAGCAGCUGCUGCAUUUGGAAAUGAUGGGGUAUAUUUGGAGAAGUACAUUCAAAACCCAAGGCACAUUGAGUUCCAGGUUCUUGCAGAUAAAUAUGGUAAUGUUGUUCACUUUGGAGAACGUGAUUGCAGCAUUCAGAGGCGUAAUCAAAAACUGCUUGAAGAAGCACCAUCUCCUGCACUGACCCCUGAGUUGCGAAAGGCAAUGGGAGAUGCAGCAGUGGCAGCUGCUGCAUCUAUUGGUUACAUAGGUGUUGGAACGGUUGAAUUCCUUUUGGAUGAAAGGGGUUCCUUUUACUUCAUGGAGAUGAACACUCGUAUCCAGGUUGAGCAUCCUGUGACAGAAAUGAUUUCCUCAACUGAUUUGAUAGAAGAGCAAAUUCGUGUUGCUAUGGGAGAAAAACUUCGAUACAAACAGGAGGAUAUUGUGCUCAGAGGACAUUCUAUUGAAUGCCGUAUCAAUGCAGAAGAUGCUUUUAAGGGAUUUAGACCAGGGCCAGGUAGAAUAACAGCAUACUUGCCAUCUGGAGGUCCAUUUGUCAGAAUGGAUAGUCAUGUUUAUCCUGAUUAUGUGGUUCCUCCAAGCUACGACUCUCUUCUUGGAAAGCUGAUUGUAUGGGCUCCAACAAGAGAAAAAGCAAUUGAACGCAUGAAAAGGGCACUUGAUGACACGAUUAUCACAGGAGUUCCUACUACAAUUGAUUAUCAUAAACUUAUCCUCGACAUAGAGGAUUUCAGAAAUGGCAAUGUUGAUACUGCUUUUAUUCCUAAACAUGAGGAAGAGUUGGCAAUGCCGCCACAGAAGAUGGUACUCUCUAACACGGUGAAAGAACUGGCUGGCUCAAUUGCCUGAUGGAUAUGAUAUGAUAUGAUUUUCUGAUGCCAUAAUUGCUUGGUUGUAAUCACCAUGUCGACAGUCCCUCGAAGUGGAAGCGAAAUUUUAAUGAAAUUUUGAUAAUUAGUCUCUUUACAUGAUUAUAUUAUAAAAUUAAUUAUGUUUUGCUUUCGUCCCAAAUAUUAGUGCAGGAAUUGGGAAUAGCUGCUUCUUGCAUUUCUUUUCAAGUCGUGGUAGUCACAAUUGUUAUUAGAGGAUCUGUCCCAAGGCUUGUUUGUAAUUCUUGUAUUAAGAGCUCGAUGCUAGAUACAGUAAUAAGGACUUAAUCUUAUCCUAACUGGUUGGGUUUGUUAUACGGAUCAA